AUUUUUUUUGGGACGCACUGCUCUUUCAUUAUUUUAUUCUCUCCUCCGAUCCGUUUCUCGACGAGAUAUUAAAUUCUUGCUGGAAUCUGAACAUCGAUAAUCCAAAAAUCGAAAUCGCAGACACCUGAAAGGUAGAAGACGACGAAUAAGAAGAAGAAGACGGAAAGAUGUGGAGACGCGUGGCAUCACUUUCUCCGAUGGUUUCUUCAUCAUCAACUCGAUCCCUUUCACGUUACCAGGCAGCUUUUGGACUUAGUGUUGGGGAAUCUUUUUCAACGGAGAUUAGUAAACAGGAGGAAGGAAGUGGUUUACGGCCGAAAGAGAAAGCUCCAUUCAUUACAUUUGUACUCGGAGGACCUGGAAGUGGGAAAGGAACGCAAUGUGAAAAGAUUGUUGAGACCUUUGGACUGACUCAUCUCAGUGCUGGAGAUUUGCUCCGGAGAGAAAUCGCUAUGCACACUAAAAACGGGGAUAUGAUUCUGAAUUUGAUUAAAGAUGGGAAAAUUGUUCCCUCUGAAGUUACAGUGAAGCUAUUACAGAAGGAGCUGGAGUCGAGUAACAGUUCCAAGUUUCUCAUUGAUGGGUUUCCACGAACUGAGGAGAAUCGUGUUGCUUUUGAGCGCAUUGUAGGAGCUGACCCGGAUGUAGUGCUGUUCUUCGAUUGCCCUGAGGAAGAGAUGGUGACGCGAGUUUUGAAUCGUAACCAGGGCCGAGUUGAUGAUAAUAUAACUACAAUGAAGAAGCGUUUAAAAAUCUUUGAAGCCUUAAACCGUCCUGUUAUCGACUACUACAAAAACAAAGGAAAACUCUACACAAUUAAUGCAGUAGGAACAGUAGAUGACAUAUUCAAACAAGUUCUACCUAUUUUCACUCCAUUUGAAGAGCAAUUGAAGCAGAGUCGCCGUGUAAAUCCAAAGUCUCCUUUGGUAGAAAAUUCUUCUUAACAAAAGUUAAUUAGUCUGAUAUUUGUUCAUUACUCUUGAAUUUUUUUGCAUUGUUUUGUUUGUACUAUCAUAACCCAUAAAGGAAAAAAAAAGAUAUUUAUUACUACUAAUA